AGGGGAACCACCCGUGCAACACCACCUCGUCCACCUAUUGAAAUGGAACCACCCAGCAUGCAGCUAGCUGACGGUACCGAUCUACGUCAAGUCAAAGUUUUAACUAAAACUGAUUGGUCUAGAAUUCACGAUCAGUUAAACAGACGAAAUAUUGAAGAAGAAAAAUUACAGAGGAUUAAGGAAGAGAAAGAAGCUCAGAGACAGAAAUCUAAAGAUAUUGUUAAAAACUGGGGAAACACCAUUGUUGGUCAGAGACAGCGUAAGUUAGAAGCUAGGAAGAUCAGAGAAGCUAAAGAAGAAGAAGAAAGAGUAGCUAUAGAUAUAGAAGAAGCUAAAUACCAAGCAACCCAGCGUAAAGAAGCUAUAGAAAAAGCUAAAACACAACAAUAUUAUCAAACUGAUAGAGUCAAAGCCUUCCACGGAGCACUUUUGUUAACAGAAGUUUUAAAAGAAAGAGAAGCACAGAUUGAAUUAAAGAAGGUUAAGAAACAAGCUAUAGCUGGGAAAGAUGAAGAUUGGUUAAGAUUGGCCCAACAAGAAUAUGAGGAGGGAAUACGACGAGAUCAGGAGAAGGCAGCCACUAGAAUAAAAAACACUCUAGAAACUAGAAGCUUUCAGCAACUACAAGUUAAUGAACACGAGAGAUUGAAAGCUCUUGAUGUACAAGAAGAUAUUAUUGAAGGUGAAGAACUAAAGAAACUGGGUAUGAAAUAUCAUUUGGAGAAAGAACAGCUAGAGAAAGUAAUGAAAGAAGAACAGAAUCAACUGAUGUUAGACAAUCUCCAACAGAUACAGGAUUUACAAGUUUUGAAAAAAAUUCAACAACAACAGGAAGAUGAAGAAGAUGAUGAAUGUCGAGUAUUUGCCGCAGCUAAAAGAAAAAUGAUGAAAUUACGGGCAGAAAGGGAAAACAAUAUUCACAUAGAAAAACAAGCUCACCUGGAGAAAAUCCGAGAUAAAUUACGAGCUCAAAUUAAAGAAAAAGUCGACAACGAGGAUGAAAGAAUUUUACGAGCUGAAAAAGAAAUCGAAGAGAAGAAAAUAAAGGAAGAUGAAGAGCGAGCUAUUAAAGUUAAAAAAAUGAUUCAAGAAUCAGCAGAACACAGACAGAAAAAGGUUCUUGCUGAUGAAAUAAAGAGGAAGACAGAGAAGAAGAAAGAUCUAGAGUUAAUGGCUAUACGUAAAGAAGCUGAUGAGAUUUUCCACCAGAAUGAACUGGAAAAAGAAAGAGUGAGGCAGGAAAACACUUUAAAAUUAAAAUCUUUCCAUGAUAAACAAAAGGAUCACAAUCUCAAGGUCAAAGAACUUUUGCGUCAAGAACAGCUUGCUUUAGAUAAAGCUAAUCUUGAAUUGCUGGGAAUAGAGGAAGACCAGUUCCAAGAAUAUGCUCAAAAAGUCAUCAAACAUUGUGAAGAAGGUGGUCGAAACACGAUUCCUUUGAAGAAAGCUGCUCGACAAGGAGCUGGUGGUGGAUGUGGUCCAAUAUUUGCUGGUAAAGGUGGUAUUCGUCCUAGUUACAUGGCAGCUGACCAGUGUGGCAAACAGUUACCCAGCUAUCAAGGGCAGACAACAGAAGAUGUUAAGUUCACCAUCAAUGGAAAGGGAACCACCAAGAAAAGAAUUGGUUUUGUGUGGUAAAAAUUGUUAUCAUCUGCGACAAGGGAUUUUUUGCGAUGUUUUCUGAAGUAUGCCAUCACCUUUAAUUGUAUGAUUUUAAAGGGAUUGUAAAGAGGUUUUCUAGAUUUUUUUUAUGUGUAUCAGGGUCACUGGAAGCAUCAUUUUGCACCAUUUCGAUCCCCAACAGACUUCUGUGGUUCCUACAAUUCCACUCAAACUAAGUGUGUGAUGUCGUCACUAAUAGCAAAGGGCCUUGUGUGAUAAAGCAUAUUUUGCAAUCAGUGAUGUCAUCAAACACUUAGUUUUAGUGGAAUUGCAAGAACUACAGACGAAAUGAAAUUGAAAUGGUACAAAUUGAUGCUAUCAGUGUCCCUGAUACACAUACAAAAUUUAGAAAACCUCUUUACAAUCUCUGAAAUCUGUAUUUUAACUCAAAGGAAUAUAGAAAUCUUUUGUGAUGUCUACUAACUAUGAGCCAAUUUCUAACAAUUUAAGACAAAGUUUUUAAUGAUAUAAGUUUUGAUAUAAUUUUUACACCAAUGGUCUACCACCACAUCAGCAUUUUUAAGGUAACUUCCUUGAAUUUUUGUACAUAAACAAUUUUAGAAAUAUACUGUAACCCUCGUCGAUCUCUAUAUAUCUGUAAAGAACGUCAUUUGCACGACUUCAACUAGAACAUUUUGAAUUGCUAUCGAAUCAAGAUUAAACUUGAUUAGCCAAGACUAAAAUUUGGUGUGAUAAAUUGCUAAUCAAUUUUUUCAGUCUAAAUUGAACACUGAAGUGAUAGGGCUUAUAAACAUCGAUAUCAAUGACUCCAUUUGGGAUCUUUCAUAUUUCAAGAUUUUGAAGAAAUAAGCAAAAGAUUUGAAAUACUAGAUAUAUAUAUUUGUAAAUACAAAUUCUGUUUUAGAGUGCAACAUAUUUUAUAGUAUAGAGUCUGUGAUAUCUAGAUUAAAGAAUUGUAAAUAUUAUUUAUUUUACAAUAUUUAUUUUAUAUCUUAUUUGUCGUGCUAAUACAUAAUGUUCAUAUGAAACUACGUAUAAUUCUUACAUGAAAUAACACACACGAACGUAGUUGCAACCAUUUUGAAUCACCUCCUCGUAUUAAUAAGUUUGAUUUUAAAAAGGCCAGGUUUAGAUUUCAAAUGCGAUUUGAAGGCUUUGUUGAAAUAUUAGAACCUUUUUCAAAAAUUAGACUUAUUUAGUUUUGGAAAAGAUUCAAAAGGUUGAGAACUAUAUUUGUGUGUGUUAUUUCCAUGUUAAAAUCAUAAGUAGUUUUAUAUGACAUAAUGUGGUCACUAUAUGUAAGUAAGGUCCAUUCAUUUUGAGUCUGAGGACAUUUUAAGGAAAUCUGCAGCAUUAUUAAAAAGGUUCAAAAAGGUUUUUAACAUUUGUAUGGGUAAAAGAGACACUUGUUCCUGUUUGACAUCAUUACAAAAUAACUUAACAAGAUUAUGACUAGAAUGUCACAAAUACCUCAAGUUUCUAAUCUUAUUUACAAUAGUGAUGUCAUAAUCUUAUCAAAUUUCUCUAGAAUUACAGGAACCAUAGCAUUGAUCUGAUAUCUGAAUGGUCCUUUGAUAUCUUAGUCUUUCAGACACAUACAAAGGCUGGAAAACCUUUUACCAAUUCUGUUUUUGUCCCAAAUUUUAGCUGGCAUAUUUAAGGAAGGGGGGAUUGUGACAUGGCCCAUUAGAAUGAAUUUUCUUCUUUCUGGCCUGAAGAGGACCCGCAUCCCUCAGGCCAGAAAAAAAGGCAAAUUCAUUCUUCUUUCAUUGCCAGAUGUAUUCAGCCCCAUGACCAAUGCCCUCUAAAAUCUGAAAGGGGUGCCAAACACAUUCUUCAUCACAGCCUUGUUCCACAAAAAAUCUUGCACUAUGUUAUUUCGAAAUGUAAGAUUCUAUUCUUACGACAAAUUUUUAUCGUCAUAUUUUUUGUGAAAUGUGGCCAAGUACUUUAGGUGUAUCACCACGUAAGCAAACUUCCAGUUUAAAAUUCACCAUUAUCAAGACUUAAAUAGUCAGUUUAUUGUUAUGAAGAAUUUGUACAUUAUAUAUAACUGUAUGUGAACUGAUCACUGAUUGAUAAUACCACAUGUUACUGAAUAAAAAUAUUGGUUGGGUUGUUCAGUUUGGGUAAUGGAAUUUUAAACUGAUACAGUCGUGUAAAUAUUUGCUUUAUCAGCUGAAAAAGCUUAAUUUCAACUGUCUUUACGGAUGUCAGUACACCUACAAGUCAGACGAACCGGCAUAAAUAAGUUGAAAAUUAGCUCUAUUGAUCAGUAAAUUGUGCUAAUAUUUACACCACUGUAUCUCUUUAAGACCAUGGUCAUCUGAACCCCCUGCUAAACAGCAGAACAUAG